AUGGUCAACAGUGAGGUUUCAACACGUCUUGAGGGAAAAUAUGCUGCAAUAGUGGUUUGUUGGCUUCUUGGCAAUGGAUGUCUUUUUUCAUGGAAUAGUAUGCUGACAAUAGAAGAUUACUACAGUUACUUGUUUCCAAAAUAUCAUCCCCCUAGGGUGCUUACUCUUGCAUAUCAGCCAUUUGCUGUUGGAACACUCGCGAUACUAACGUAUAAUGAGGCAAAACUCAAUACACGAAUUCGGAAUAUGUUUGGAUAUAUACUUUUUUUCAUAAGCACGUUGUUGGUGUUAAUCGUGAAUUCAGCAACAUCAGGUAUAGGAGGGCUUGGAAGAUUUAUUGGUAUAUGUGCACUUAGUGGCGCUUUCGGUGUAGCAGAUGCUCAUGUCCAAGGUGGAAUGGUUGGAGACCUGUCCUACAUGCACCCAGAUUUCAUUCAGUCAUUUCUUGCUGGUUUGGCAGCAUCUGGUGCAUUAACCUCUGCUUUGAGGUUAAUUACAAAAGCAGCAUUUGAUAAUUCUAAUGACGGUCUCCGCAAAGGAGCAAUUCUUUUCUUUGCCAUAUCAACAUUCUUUGAGUUCCUAUGUGUUCUUCUCUAUGCAUUUAUUUUCCCUAAACUACCAAUUGUGAAGUACUACCGUUCAAAGGCAGCAUUAGAAGGAUCCAAAACUGUAUCAGCUGACCUUGCAGCUGGUGGCAUCCGGACAUUACCUGGAACAGACAAGGAAAAUACAAAAGAUCCAGAGCGGAAGGGAAACAAGCAAUUGUUAAUAGAAAACAUUGAUUAUGCACUUGAUAUGUUCCUAAUUUAUGUGCUAACACUGUCUAUUUUUCCUGGAUUCCUCGCAGAAGACACUGGAUCACAUAGUUUGGGCACCUGGUAUGCUCUCGUAUUAAUUACGAUGUAUAAUGUGUGGGAUCUGAUAGGAAGAUACAUUCCACUCUUGAAAUGCUUGAAGUUGGAGUCCCGAAAGUUUAUCACAAUAGCUAUUCUUAGCCGUUUCUUACUUGUUCCAGCAUUUUAUUUCACUGCAAAGUAUGGUGACCAAGGCUGGAUGAUAAUGUUAACAUCCUUCUUGGGGGUAUCCAAUGGUUAUCUCACUGUCUGUGUUCUAACAUCUGCACCCAAAGGUUACAAGGGUCCAGAGCAAAAUGCCUUGGGAAACCUACUGGUGCUGUUUCUUCUUGGAGGUAUUUUUGCAGGAGUAACACUUGACUGGCUGUGGCUAAUAGGUAAAGGGUGGUGA